AUGGGCUGCGUCUCCUCUUCCUUCCUAGAUGACGAAGCUGGCAACCUUAGCCCCGGUUUCGGCCAUCACAUCGUCUCCCUCACCUCCACCACAUACGGCCUCCUCUCUAAUCUUGACUCAGCCACUCCUUACCAAACCCCUCCUCCUCCUCCUCCUCCUCCUCCUCGGCUUCCAUUGUCUGGACCCCCUUGCUCCAUCUCCCCUGCUCCUCUCCGCCGCCCCGAGCCUGAAAUUAUCAACUCCUGGGAGCUAAUGGCCGAUCUCGACGUCUUCACCCCUCUCAAACCCUUAAACCACACAAUACCCCUCAACCCAGGAAAAGAAAACACCCACCGCGCUCUUCACUUCCCCGAUCCCACCAAAAAGGCCAACAUCCUCCGCCCUUCCAACACCACCAUCCCGCCAUGGCGCCGCAUACUAGAGUCAUUCGAGAAGCGGUGCCCUCCAGGAGGCGAGAAAGCUGUGGUUCUCUACACCACGACACUUCGCAGCAUACGCAAGACGUUCGAGGACUGCAACGCGGUGCGCGCAGCGCUCGAGGGGCUCGGCGUUUGGGUUCUGGAACGCGACGUCUCCAUGGACCUAGGAUUUCGCGAAGAGCUUGGCCUGCUAAUGGCCGGUUCGGUUGCUUUGCCGAGGGUAUUUGUCAGAGGGCGGUAUAUAGGUGGGGCGGAACAAGUGCUUCGGAUUCACGAGGAGGGAGGACUCGGAGUCCUCGUUGAAGGGCUGCCGAAGGUUAGGCAUAGCGGGGCUUGCGAUGGAUGCGGAGGGGCGAGGUUCCUGCCCUGUUUCAGAUGUAGUGGAAGUCGGAAACUGGUUGUACCGACGGGCGAAGGAGGGAAAGGCGGCGGUCUAGAGUGGCGGAGGGGAAAAACAGUGAGAUGUCCGGACUGUAAUGAAAAUGGACUGAUGCUUUGCCCCAUCUGCAGCUGA